CAUACACUUGACAUCCCUUGUGAGCUGCAAAUUUUAUAAUAAUACACCAAAAGUUGCUAUGGCUUAUCAUCUAGUCAAUCCAGACAUGCAAAUCAAUAAUCCAUCAUUUUCUGUAUUUAACACUGACUCCAGCUUGAAUUUCAAUAACCAGUUUCCUCAACUAGACCUGAACCCCACUUCCUUGGAUAUGUCAAACUUCAAUUUUCAGAGCUUUGUUGGAUUUUCCCAUGAAAAUAUUUUAACCCAAGCACCUGAAUUCCCAGUUUGUUUAACAGAAAAUUUCCAUGGAAAUUCUCAAGAAGAUGACAAGAAUAUGGUUGUUCACGCUAUGCCAACGCUCACAAUCCAAGCUAGAAAUGACAUCAAUGAAAGCAAGAAGAGGAAAUCAAUAGAGACCCCAGAAAGCAGCUCUGCAUAUUCAUCCCCUGCAGUUUCUUGGAGUGGGACCAACAGAAAAACUAGUAAAGGAAAAGGAAAGAAAGUGAAAAAUGAUGAAAAGGAAGAAGACAACCCAAGGCAAGUGGUGCAUGUAAGAGCCAAGAGAGGUCAAGCAACUGAUAGUCACAGUUUAGCUGAAAGGGUGAGAAGAGGAAAAAUUAAUGAAAGACUUAGGUGUUUGCAAGACAUUGUUCCUGGAUGUUACAAGUCUAUGGGCAUGGCAGUAAUGUUGGAUGAAAUAAUUAACUACGUGCAAUCCUUGCAAAAUCAAGUGGAGUUCCUCUCAAUGAAGCUUUCUGCAGCAAGCAUAUAUAAUAACUUCAACUCAGAGACAGACAUUUUGGAGACGUUGCAGAUAGCAAAGGCAUAUGAAGCACAUAUAAUGCAGAAGCUAAGGAAAGAAGGAUGUGAAGGGGUGUCUUCUUCUAAUCAAAUUGGCCCUCUUGACCACAGUUUUGGUUGCUAUCCCCAGUUGCCUUACAACACCUAAAUAUUCUGAUCAAUAUUUCUCCCACUUAGUAGUAUACACAUUUGUAAUUUUGUACACAUGCAAAACUCAGAAAUUUGAUUAAUUAAUUCUUGUAUCAA